AUGUCGACCGAGGCCGCAAGUGUCUACCCAGCCCUGCAGGAUCGCCCCGUGCAGGGCACCAUUUGCCUGUUUGAUGUCGACGGCACCUUGACGCCAGCAAGGAGGUCUGUCGCCCCUGAAAUGCUCGAGCUCCUUUCUCAAUUGCGCCACAAGUGUGCCAUUGGCUUCGUUGGCGGUUCCGACCUGGUCAAGCAGCAAGAGCAGCUUGGUACCCCGUCGAUCAAUGUCACCAGUCUCUUCGACUUCUGCUUUGCCGAGAAUGGUUUGACGGCAAUUCGUCUGGGCAAGACUCUUUCCAGCAACAGCUUCAUUCAAUGGUUGGGCGAGGAUAAGUACCAGAAUUUGGUGAACUUCUGUCUGAAAUACAUUGCGGAUGUGAAGCUCCCCAAGAAGCGUGGAACCUUUGUUGAGUUCCGCAACGGAAUGGUCAACAUUAGCCCUGUCGGAAGAAGCGCGAGUGUCGACGAGCGAAACGAGUUCGAAGCGUACGACAAGGAGCACAACAUCCGCAAGACCUUGGUGGAAGCUCUGAAGAAGGAAUUCCCCGACUAUGGUCUCACUUACUCGAUUGGCGGCCAGAUCUCUUUUGAUGUUUUCCCUACUGGCUGGGACAAGACCUACUGCUUGCAGCACGUCGAGGCCGAGAAGGAAAUCUCGGGCGUUAAGUACAAGACUAUCCACUUCUUUGGCGACAAAUCUUUUGCUGGCGGCAACGACUACGAAAUUUACUCUGACCCACGAACGAUUGGACACGCGGUUACUGGCCCUGAGGACACUAUGAAGCAGCUGCGGGAGAUCUUCCAGUUAUAA